GAAUUUCCUUACCUCCAAGUUAUGUAAUUUAAAUUGAGAACCAUUUGAGGUUUUUCAGUUUAACGGAAUAAUAUUGCUUUGACGGGUUAUUAAAAAUUUUGGAUUUACAUAAUUUUUUGAUGAGACAUCUAGAAUGGCUAAUCAUGGACAUAUAAGGUGAGACUGUAGAUAUGGAUUGACACUUACAAUGGGUUCGGGUGUAAGUACUGUUUGCGGCAGCAAACGCUCAGUUCUUAUCGCCAACAGUGUACGGAAACUUCCGACAAUACACGAAGAUGAUAGCGAUUCCGAUAUUGAAGUGGAAACGGAACUUGAAAUUAAACCAACAUCCGGUAAGUUGCAUCAAGCAGAAUCUCGUGACUCCGGAAUCGGCGAAAAUGAUAUACCAAACGGGGUACUGUUCCAGCGACAAAAUGUUUCUUCUAUUUCAAGAAAUUCGUCUGAUUCGAGUCCUGAAAAGACAAGAGAAAAAGAAAACAAUAAACAAAAUGAGGAAGCGUCACGUGUUUCGCGGCCUCACUCGUGUCGCCUUGGUAACAGAGGUCAUAGAGGUCAAUUUAGAAAUGCGGAAAAUUUAAGAAAAGCGGAAUUAUCUGAUUCUCAGAUCCGGCGGAUGGUAAGGUCUGCUAAAGGAGAUUCUCUAGUUUCAAAUAAAGAUAAUACUAGGGGUGAUAUCUCAGACGACACUUUGUCUUUAAAUAGUGUAAGCUCGAUAUCACCCGACAGACGGACAAACACAAGACCAAAAAGUGCUAGAAGACGUUUGAAUAAGCGUAACAGGAAUAAUAAGAAUGAAGGAAAUACUUCUACAAGAGUAAUCAGUGACCUUGACAGUUCAACAGACACGGAAGUUAGUGAUACAGACAUGUUAUCGAUUCCUGACGAGACUGGCGCGUUCAACCGGAGCAAGGAUAACACACCGCGGAGAAAAGGAUGGGUACGGAACGAAGACUUUACCGAUGUAAUGAUUUCGUCGUCGGUGACACCUAGAAUAGGUGGACCGUCGGGAAUGUAUAGAAUUGUAAGUGGCACGUAUUCGGAUAUGGACGUGAACCUGGCGAAGAAAGCUAGCGAGCGAUCUAUAUCCAGUAUUAUACUAACGCCCAUGGAUGGCAUGAACACGCCCACUAAUUCGGAAUGUUUUGAUGCACCUCAUGAUUUGUGUUAUCACUGUGAAGGGCAUGUUACGAACAAAACAACAGAGCCACCGGAAAAAACCUUAUGGUUGAUUUUGACAUCUCACGAAUUUGACAAAGUAGAUCGACUCUGGCGAGUACGGAGUCAAGCGAUGGCGCUUCAGAAUUUAGAGGAUUUAGUUUCCACAGUAACCCUCGCGGUGGAAAGACUUAAGUCACGUGGUCAUUGCACUCCAGCGGAUUAUGAAAACGUAACAAAAAGUUUACGUUACCAGCUUGUUGCUAUGGCAAUGGGCUACAUGUGCCAACAAUCCACGCCAAGAAUUGAGGUCAAGGGUGAACAGACAAAUUUAUUCUCGGAGGAUGAAUGGAAAGUGCAGAUUCGAUUACGUUCAGAAGAUGAAGAGAUAAUAGAAUCAUCUGAAAGAGUUCUUGCACAGAGGCUAGCUACAAAAGGUAGAGCUUUAAGAAGAGAAGAUAUUUCAGUGCUCUUAGCCGAACACUUAAAGACAAUAGAAAAUCUGCAGAGAGUCAAAGAAGCGGGAAAACUGCGAGAAUCAUUUGAAAGUCCAAGGUUUAGUCAAAGUUCUUCGCGCGAAACUGUACCAGAAGGUCGUCCGUUACUUCCAAGGAGACCAGUCAGUGCGCGUAAAUUACGAAAACUUAAUAGUGGUAACAGUGAAUCGUCUAAAGAUUCAGAAACAAUUUCUGAACUUCCACCGAUCGGAAAAUCUAAGGGAGGCAACUCUAAACACUUUAAUGCAAGAAAUAAAACUAAAGCAAUCCCGGUAACUAAGUUGAACAAUACUGAAAAUGCUAUAGGAGUUGUUACCCCUGAAUCGUCACCGGACACUAAUACUAGAAAAUCACAUAAUGAAUCUGGAAUAGAUUCUGAAACGGAAGAACCAGAAGUGAAUAGCAUUGAAGAAGAAGAUAUUCUACUAUUUGCCGAGCUGAUUGAAGCGUUCCGUCUGUUGUGGGACACACUCACAGGGACAUUUGUAUGUGACCUACUAAGAGAAUAUAGAAAGAGGGAGGCUAUCCUUAUACAAACAGUUAUAGAACAUGCCCAUAAACAAUCUACAAUCACACAGAUGAAAUAA